AUGGAAAUCACACUUCCCGCUGCAGAACAGUUUCUAGGAAUCAUCUUCACGUUGGCCGUUGUUCAGAUGAUAAAGAAGCCUUUCAUGAGCGAUCCUCUUGUCGUCAAGGCCAUUCGGAUUGCAUUCUUUGUUUCUGCUGUCAUACAGCUGCUCAUUGCAUACUACAUUAAGAGAAAGAUAGGCAAAACAAACAGUCAAAAGAAAUUUAAGUACAAGCCAGAGGCGUCCUUGCUGAACGUAUCGGAGAAUCCAGAUCAGGAGAUAGAAAUCACCUAUUCGGAGUACGACAGUAACGAGGCAACAAAGAUGCUGAGGUCUAUUGCCUUCCAGACAGUUCUGUACACCGCUUUGGCUUUUAAGUUCAAGAACACCCAGCCGAUGCUUCUGCAGACUCUGAACUUGCUCAAAAACAUGUUUCUUUCUCCACUCUACAGAGCAUAUCUUUAUGGAAUGGAGGUAGAAAGACCUUUCGAGAGAAAUUUGCUGUUUUCAUUCAAGAAGCAGGAGCCGAUGCCUGCGCCAACCUCUACGGCUGAUAGGAAGAAAAAGAAAGAGGAAUAA